UAUAUCUUUAUGCGCAUUUUGUAAUUUAUUCCAUGAAUACCAAUCAAAUAAUAUUGCGUUGCGUCUAUCCUAUUUUACAACGUGUUACGCUCGGUGUCGUUUACACGCGGAUCUAAAAAUGUUACCGAGUCGCCUGAUGUAUGGUAAGACGCAGACGUUAGCGGCCCAUCUAAAUAUGGAACGGAUGGUUGACGGUUGUGUUGUGAUGUCCUCCGUGUCGUUUGUCCGCGGUCCCUGCAGUUAUGUAAUGUCCCUUUGAGGUCCGCGUCGGCACGUGCACAAAUUGCACGUCGUAGUUCCACGUAGGUAGCUCGGCGCACGUCGACGCGCACGCGGUCGCACUCUGAACCCCAGUUUCCUAGCAACACGUUGUUGACGCCACUGCUGACCUAAUGAAUACAAAAACACAUGAUGGCGCCGAUGCGUGGCGAGCGCGGUGGAUCGCCGGCUCGGGCCGCUCGCGCCUCCCUGCCCCUGCCGCGCCGGUUAAUCCGGCAGAUCGCCCGCCACGUGGCAUCCAGCGGCCGCUCGCUGCGCCGCCUUGAGGUCUCCGGCAAGGUCAUCGACAACUUCGACGACAUCGACGACCCCUCAGAUGACUCCGACAUGGAAACACCGCAGCCAGCCAGGGUGGCAUGUGGCAACGCCGGCAACCUGCCACCCGCGGAUCAUGAUGACGACCUCACCAGUCUCAGCUGGCUGCAGGACAGGAACCUACUCAGAGGAAUCAACUUCAGCAAAAAUGACUUAGAAGAUACGAAGACGAUCACAAGUCAAGUUGUUCUUAAGCCAGAAGCUAAAACUCCUCCCCCAGUGAUCCGCAUCCCCUCUCCCCCGCGCACGCCCUGCAAGGCCCCGCCCUCUCCCCCCACCGCGCACACCAAGCCCCCCUACUCCUUCUCCUGUCUCAUCUUCAUGGCGAUAGAGGCGGCGCCCGCGCGCGCUCUGCCCGUCAAAGAGAUAUACGCCUGGAUCAUACGACACUUCCCAUACUUCAAGCACGCACCUCAAGGAUGGAAGAACAGCGUGCGGCACAAUCUGUCGCUCAACAAAUGCUUCCAUAAGGUGGCAGCAGCGCCCGGACUCGGCAAAGGCUCACUAUGGACAGUGGACCCACAGCAUCGCUCCACUUUAUUGCAGGCGUUCGGUAGGCAGCCUGUGCCGCCUGCGGAGGCGGAGUGCGAGCGACCGGGGGCGGGAGUGACCCCGGGGCCGGAAGUGGGGCAGGUGGAGGCGGGGGCGGGGCAGACGGCGGGGGGCAAGAACGCACCAGAUCCGCAGCUGUUCCCACACCUGGCACGUCGGCUGGCGGCAGACGCGCGCAGUGAGCCGAGCGCUGACGAGUACCUCGCCGCAGCCAGCGUGCUCGCCAUGAAGUACGGCCCAGCCGUGCUCGAUCAGUUACCGCCGGCUGCGCACCUGGUGAUAUCGCGUUGCGCACGCGACGAGCACUCGUACAGCGGUGGUGGUGGUGGCGGUGGUGGGGGAGGGGAGGAGCGGCGCACGGCCGAGGCGCUGCUGAACCUGGCCGGCGUGCGCUCCGAGCCCGCGCCCAGCUAGCCUACGUCUGCGCACGCGCACGGUACGCAACACCUUGUAUACAACCCACUGUGAACCUUCCACAAUGGACUCCCCCAACACUAUACAAUAUCAUAAUUAAAAUUAUAUUUCUGGUUUGUUUUCUUGAUUAAGUGAAGGUGUGAUAUCUUUAAAUGCAUAAUGCAUAAUGUCCGAACAAAGCGGAUUACUUUUUUUGUUUUAUUUCUUUCGUCUG